AUGAACAAAACUUGGGGAUGGUUGAAGCAGCUUACACGAUUCGAAGAACAGAUAUUUCGAAAAGCUAGGGAACCGAUUGAGUCAGCUAAAAAUGACGAUCGUUACAAAUCAUACGAUCUUUCUUGGAGUUUGUCUGACCUGGUCCUCGCCACUGCCUGCUUUCAAAUCGAUACCAUUUACUUUUGUGACAUGAGUUACAUGUUCAAAAACGAUUUCAAACCUGGCUUCAUUCAAAUGAUGGUCAUGUACGCUACAUGGGGCCCCGCGUUGAUUUACAUGGAGGUUUUUCUUGGGCAGUAUGUUCGGCACGGCUGCCUCUACCUGAAGAAUAUAGUACCUCUGACGUGCUCUACUAUUGGAUAUGGCAUGCUGUUGACAAUAUAUUUAUACUCCGUUGCCUCUGUCGAACGAUUAGCCGAUACCUACAUGUUCUUCUUCAGAUCGUUCAGUUCCGAACUGCCAUGGAUGAUCUGUCCAGAAGGUUCAACACCAGCAACUUGCAUUGAUCGACCACUGCUACUGAAUUGUUACUUGGAAAAUAGGAAGGACGAGUGCUAUCCAAAGUUGGGAACUGAGCUCCUUUCAUCGAGAAUAUACUACAAGUUAAUCAUACCAAUUUGUUAUUUAUCACUAAAGAACGAACGUAAAACCUUUAAUUAUGAACAUAAACAAGAACGUUUUCUUCACUUUUGUUCUCUGCAGAGCCACUCAUUCGACGUUCGUGAAGAGAGCAGGCCGUUUACUCGUCGGUUGGCUCACUGUAUACAUCACUUUGAAACAGAGUCUCAGAGAUACACUCCAUCGAGCCAUAUCGCCCAGGGUCUCUCUGUAGCACCUUUCUUCAAUUUACGCAUCAGUGGUCUUUUGAACGUGAAAGCAUGGCUUGCAGCCUUCAAGGACUUCUUAAGAGACCACGCUAUAGUUCGCGGUGGGUAUCAGUUGAUUGGGUGUCGCAUUAAGCCAGGACCGACCACAGCAAAUCUCACAAUUUGUUCGUGUGCUCUCACUUACAUGAUUAGUGUCAUUUGCCAGAUGUUUUCAACGGGCAUACUAGGUGUACUGUUGUUUUACAUGAAAGUCACCAAUGUUGAAGAGGAGCUCUAUUUUCCAGAAUAUGCAAAGCUCUUCAACUUUUAUCCCUUCGCACUAGGAAUGCUGCCAGUUCGGCAAGUGUGGAGCUUGAUCUACUUCAUGUUUGUGGCCUUAUUGUCGACAUCUUACACUAUAGGAAACAUGGCGGUGCUUGAAGAAAGUAUAUACGACAACUUUCCGGUGGUGUUGCGGUACCGGAGCUAUGUCAAAGUCGCAAUAUGCACUCUUGGAUUUCUAAUUGGAGUCCUUACCGAUCUGAUGAUUGACAAUGAAUCAGACGCUUACGAAGACGAGCCUAUACUGAAGAUUGGACAGCGACUGACAAUUGUUGCUUUAUUGAUCCUGACAAUCAGUGUUGGGUACGUUUACGGAGUUGAACAAUUCUCCGAUGAUAUAAACUUUUUGAAUGGAAGUCAACCAAAUACCUACUGGAAGAUAUGCUGGAAGAGUUUACCAUUCGGAAUAUUGGUAUAGCACUUGGAGACAAGACUGAAUACUAAAUAUACAUUUAAUAAACCAAUUUAGAUAUUGUUCAGCAGUGAGGUAAUC